AUGCAUCUCCCAUCUACCCUCGCGGCUUUCAAUCUGGUUGGCCUGGCCCUAGCAGCGCAGGACAAUGGCCUGGGUUACAUGCAGUGUGCUACCGCAGUCGUCGAAGACCUCUCGUUCCCGGAAUGCUCGUCCUCGUAUAAACUGGACUGCUUCUGUGCAGCCUCUGCAGGGAAAGACAUUGGCGAGAUGAAGCUCAGUCCCAGUGCCGAGGAAGUCUGUUCGAAGAACGGUGUCGCCCCAAAAGACAUCCCCAAGUAUCUCUGCGACGACGCAAACGUCCCCGUUUCGCCUCGCCGCGGAAGCACGCCGAUGGUUCGUCUCGGGAGCGAAGCAGACGAAAACGACCAGGACCACGAAAGCGAUCGCGAGAUGCAGCAAACGCACAAGCGCGCAACGAAGCCUGAUUCCGACUCCACCUCCAGCGAAGAAGAAGAAGAAGAAGAGAAAACAAACCGGCUGCUCAUCCCGCAGGCCGCGCCGAAUGCCGCGCCGGUCUUUGCGCACGCUACCGAGAAGGUCCUGUACCAGGUCCCGAGUACGACGGCGGAUUGCGCGUGCGAGAGUGAGAGGGCUAUGCCUACGGACCCGGUUUCUGAUGCAGAUGCUGAUGCAGAGUCGGUGCCAGCGAAGAUGGGUAGUAGCAUGGCGGGUGCAUCUCCGACGGUUACUGGGACGACUGAGGGUGAAACCCAGACCAGGACUAGGAUUGAAACUGAAACUGUCGCCCGGACCGCAGACGCCGAAAACACCAACACAGCACACGCCGCAAUGGCCCCCCUGCCUUCUGGCGCGGUGCCCUCCGUAUCCUCCAAGAUCGUGGUGGUCUCGUCCACGGUGCGCGCGGCAGCAACGCCUACGGGUGCGGAUGCAGCGAGGAAGCACGGCCCGAACCAGAGCCAGGGGGAGAAGUUCACGGGUGCGGCUGUGGGGAUUGAGGUGGUUCUGUCGCGGGUGGUUGUUGGGGUGCUGGGUGUUGUUGCGGGGUUGGGGGUCUUGUAGAUGGCUUGAUAU